AUGAAGCAGACAAACGCCUGGAGAAAGGCUGGAGCUGCCCUGCCAGCCUGCAGUGAGGCAGACGUCUGCGACGAAGAGACGAGACGGGAUGUCGACCUGAUGAUACUGGACUACAUCGUCUGCGCGGCCAUCACGUCCAUACUGCAUGAGCGCAUCGCUGAGAGACAAGGCACCGAGCCACAGGGAAUCCACGGCUGCGACAGAUGGCUCGAGAUAUCAGAGGCUACGCUGCAUCUGUUCAAGGCGAACAACCCUGGAGAGACACUGUCGGAAGACAUCAAAUUCAAGAUACAGACUCUCAACUUCGCAAACCUCUUCUUCAGACGGUUCAAGCGGACGGCAUAUCUGCCCUCUCGCUCAGCUCUGGCGGCCCAGCGUAAGAAGAGCUCCGAGAGGGCCAGACGAUGGCUGGAGGACGGUGGGUUCACGCAGACAAGCGACACUCUCGACCGGGCGUUUGAGAGGUUGCGGCCGGUAAUAUCGCCGUCCUGGAUAGACGAGAAUCGACGGACGUUCCUUGCUCACAUGGCAGUGAAGGAGACGGAGGAGUACGAGUUUGACCAGGACACUUCGGUGACGCUGCUCGAUAUCCUGCCUGAGCUGAUGGAGCUUUGCGACUCAGCCCCUGAAGCCGUGAGCGAGGACGUCUGCACUGUUGCCGUCUCGUUCAUGCUGCAUGCGGCUAUAGAACAGGGCCUGCUCUUUGGCCGGACGGGGCCGCAGGUCAUCGACGAAGCGUUUGCAUGGGGGGACGAAGGCGAUGACCAGAGCUGGACGGAGACCAGAGACGGGUACCGGCUGUCUCUCUGUCCGGCCGAAGAGGAUGAUGCAGACGACUACGGCGAGCAGCUAAAGAGGAUCAUAUACGAGCAUCCUCCGUUCGACUUUGAGGGCGAAGUCCUGCAGAUGAUAAAACGCCUGCAGCAGACGUGGGAAACGCCCGUCCUCAACCAGCUGGAGCAAGGCAAAUUAUUCUCAUUAGACACAGACGAAGUCGCAGCCUUUAAACGGCGCGUGAUAUUUACUCAUUUGGGGAGCUGA